GAAGGAGCCGGUGGAGGGCAAGGAGAGGAGGGUCUCUUGUUGGCCACAGGCUCCUGCCAGCCGCUGGCCAGCAAGCCUGUGUUAACGCCACCGUAAGGGUCAGGGCCCUCUAGGUUGGGGGCCUUGGCCAGCCCUGCUAAGGCUCCACUGCUUGACCAGAGCGUCCAGCAGGGCUGCUCUCCCCAGCGGCAAGGGACCACGGAGUUUGUGGCGAUCCGCUAGCUGUUGGCUCUGGCCGCCUCAGCCCGUGCUCCCGAAGACGGAGCCCCACGCAGGCGAAGCUCCGUCCGCCGGGGCAGAAGCCCAGACCUCGGACUGGAGAGGAAUGAGGGGCCGGGAGCCUGGGUCGGGGGAUUUCCUCCUGCGCGCCCCUCUCCAACGGGAGCGGAAAAUGUGAUUUGCUGUGCAUUCCAGGCGCGGUUCCCUGGGGUGACCUCUCCCACCCAGCCGGGCGGGGUGUGUGUGUGUUGGGGGUGGGGGGGAGUAGACAAAGAGGCGAGUCGGGCGGAGAGGGGGACCCCGCGGGGAAGCAGGAGGGGUGCAGUGGGCGGGAGCACUACCGGGAAAGGGGGCGGAUAGCGGGUCCCGCGGCGGCGACGGCGCCUGACCAAUGGAGAGGGGCGGCCCCCGGGCGCUCGGCCGGCGGCAUUUAAACCGGGGACCGGGAGAUGCCCUCCGCUCUCGCCCUUCGCCAACCUGAAGACCUAGAGCACCGCCACCGCCGUGGUCGCACGCUCCGUCUCGCUCCAUCCGCGCCGAGCCCGGGUGGCUCGAGCCGUGGUCGCACGCAGUGCCACGCGUUUGCAGCGAGGGACCCCAAGACCCACGACGCUGACAGAAUGAACCGCACCGCUUACACUGUGGGAGCUUUGCUUCUCCUUUUGGGGACCCUACUGCCGGCUGCUGAAGGGAAAAAGAAAGGGUCCCAAGGAGCCAUCCCGCCUCCAGACAAGGCUCAGCAUAAUGACUCUGAGCAGACCCAGUCUCCACCACAGCCUGGCUCCAGGACCCGGGGGCGGGGUCAGGGGCGGGGCACUGCCGUGCCGGGCGAGGAGGUGUUGGAGUCCAGCCAAGAGGCUCUGCACGUGACGGAGCGCAAGUACCUGAAGCGAGAUUGGUGCAAAACCCAGCCCCUGAAGCAGACCAUCCACGAGGAAGGCUGCAACAGCCGUACUAUCAUCAACCGCUUCUGCUACGGCCAGUGCAACUCCUUCUACAUCCCCAGGCACAUCAGGAAGGAGGAAGGCUCCUUCCAGUCUUGCUCCUUCUGCAAGCCCAAGAAGUUCACCACCAUGAUGGUCACACUCAACUGUCCCGAGCUACAGCCACCCACCAAGAAGAAAAGGGUCACGCGUGUGAAGCAGUGCCGUUGCAUAUCCAUCGACUUGGAUUAAGUCAAAGGGGCGGGGGGGCACAUCCAGCCUGUCAUAGCCAUGCCGAGAGCCACACCUAAACCACCCGAUUCCUACUUGGCUUAAACCUAGAGGCCAGAAGAACCAGCAGUUGCUUCCUGGCAGGAGGCUGCUUACGCAUAGUGUAUGCGCAUGAGUGUGCGUGGGUGCCUGUGGAUGUUUCCGAACACCAGCGGAAACAGCCUCUGCUAAAAGGCACUUCCUGUUACUCUGCUUCAGAUGGUCGGAAAUGCCCACAGCACUGGACCCAAACAGCUACAGGGGCAGGGCUGAGGUUGGCUUUGCCAUUGUAUUCCAUGUGUCCAUCCAGGCACCAGGAUUUCACCUGAGAAUGAAUCCUAACGGAAGAGGUAAUUCAGAGGGCUGCAUGAGACUUGGGACUGUUCUGUGCUUGUCCUUUACUCCUCCCACAAUCCAUUCCUUUCUUGGCUCUCCCUGAUAUCUCAGUCUUAGCCCACGUUCCUAAAUUAAUUCACUUGACCGUGUGAUGUGUUUUCCAUCUUGUGAAAAACCUCCAGAAUGUAAGGAGACAUGUGAUGGAGGACAAACAGGACAGGAUUGACUCAAGGAGCAUUGAGGCUGAGGACCACUCUGGGCCAGUGAAAUUCAAAUGCCCAGAGUUUGAAAGUUAUUUUCCAAAACCAGUGCGAGCCUUGCUUCAGUGAAAAGGUUUUCCUGAUAUUUAAAAGGACCUAGAUGCACAGAGGAGAAAUAUAAUCAGCCAAAAAAUCCAAUUCUCUGUGCCUCUGUGACCUACUGACACUAGCUGUAACCCAAAGUUAAGAAUGAAAUAUUGAUCACUCCUGUUUUAAGAACGAAGUAAAUGAACAACAACAACAAAAUAUGGCCUCCUACUUUGCCUUUCAGCAAGACAACUGAGAGCCUUGUUCACUGGGAUUAAAAAAACAAAAACAACACACACACACACGCACACACACACACACAUGAGCCCGUGCAAGAACACAAAUCCCUAAGCUUAGUUUUGCUGGAUAAACGUUGCUUUUCCAUCAUUCCUGUAAAAUGCUUUGGAGAUGCAGAACCUUGUGAUAAAAAUCCUGCCUUUGCUGACACCUGCCAAUAAGGAACCAUCUAAGAUUAGAGAGUUACCCACACCAUUCGAAUGAGACAUGCAUGGGGGCUUUUCUGUUUGGCACUUGUUAGGAGAGAGGGGGAGAGAGAGAGGGAGAGAAAGGGAUUGCAUCUAGCUAGACAGUGCCUAGAGGAGAGGUAAGGGCUGUGAUUUCCUCUUCCUCGUUUGCUCUCAGAGGGUCUAGAAGAAAGUUCCAUUAGGAAACCAGAACCCUAGGGUGUAUUAGUGGCCACCUGCCCCCAGUGGAUCUGUGUGCCAUUGCAAUCAUUAGGCCUGCCAUGGAUGUUGUCAUCCCUAUACACCUGGGUUCCCCAAAUGCCUCUUUAGCAUUUACGUAGGGGCCAAAGGAAAAAGGUGGGCAGACCUUGAUACAUUUUGGAUUGGCUAAGCAGUUCUUAAGACUGAGAUUCUAGCUAUAAAUGCCCCCAGAUACCAGUUUUGUGUUUUCCUCUCAGAGUCGGUAGUCAAGUUCUGUGCCAUUUGGAAGGCAGGCAUCACCCGCCCAUCAAAGCAGCCAUAGUCAAACAAACAAACAAACAAACAAAAAAAAAACAACAACUGUUGGAAGUAAAGAAAUUUUUUUAUUUUGGUCUAGCCCAGUCUCACUUGACACCUAAAUAGGAACCAUGAUGUAAGGCAAAAGCUAUCCCGAAUUCCCAAAACAGCAGGUCUAAUUUUGAAAGUUUGAAAGCCACUACUGAUGAUUCCACACUAGAUGAAUUUGUGCAAGCACGGUUUGUGUGUUUCAUUUGUAACGUGUGCCCCUUGCCUGAAUCUGUGUGUCUUCCACAUCCAUCACCAAUAAGGCACAGGAUGGAUUUGAUUAGGCCCCCAGAUGCAAAGGCAGAGUUUUGAGAGUAGUGAAGGGUGAAAAAUAAAAGAGGAAGAAGCUGAAAAUAUAAAACCACAUCAGAGAGGAAAAAUGACACUCCGAGUGUCUUGUUUUAAUUCUGCCACAGACAUGUAAUACUGUUAACGGGUGACAUUAGUUGGCAGCCUCAUCCACCUUCGAGGAGCUUGUACCGCCAUCGCUCAUGUAAGUUGGAUUUAGGUCACAUCAAGAAGAUUGCCUCAAAAUUAACUUCUUGAGAACAAUCAGCAGCAGACAGUACCCAAAAAAGCACAUCACUGGCCAAAGAUGUGAGUGUCUGCCUCCCUUGCUGUGGCUAGACCAAGAACAUCAGAAAUACAUGUCUUCCAUCAUUUAUUGAAGAUGCCCUGUCGGUUGUCUAUUUUGGACUCGCCAGUGAUGUAUGAUGCUCAUUUUCUCCAACACUGCAGUAGAAGUGUUCUGUGGCAAAAGAGUUGUGAUCUUGAUCUUACUGAUUAAAAUAUUGCCAGACACCAAAUAUGAAUUUCAUGGUGUUCGCUUAGUGCUUGGCACUGAAAUGGGAAUGCUACACACCUCUUUAAGUCUGCGUGCUUCUUUGCAACUGUACUCUUCAAAGUUGUAAGUGAAAAAUCUGAAGGAAAAGAUAAUUUCCACUGUGUGGAAUGUGAAUAAGCAAAAAAAAAAAAAGUUAUGGGUAUUUAAUGUAAUUAUGAAUUCAAGUCUGUCGGUUACUGUGAUUUCAAUCAUGUUUUCUUUCUCUAUUCUAUACGACGGCCUCUGAGUUGGGUAAAGAAGAAUGUGUCCAUUUUAUGUUGUUAGAGGCUUUUGUCAGGUCAGAGGGAAAUACAGUCUCAUUGCAUAUGAAGAUGUUACUGAGUCAAGCAUGAGCUUUUAUUUUUUAAAACUGAAUGUUCCUUGAAAGUCGACACUUCUGAAGCAAUAUUAGGGAAGACUUUAAGUGUUAUUUUGGGAGAUGUAUAAUAUGUGUAUACAAGCAAAUGGCAGAUGAUGAUGGCUAGUUCACAAAGAUAUACAAACAGAACAUUCCUAAACAAGAAGCCUGAAAGAGUGAAAGAAAUUCUAUUGAUUUGUCAUUUCUCAAGAUAUUUAAUAUCAUCUACAUUGUGUAUUUAAUCUGCUUUAAUAAUUUUAAAACAAUGAACAAUUAUAUAGGCUAUGAUGGAACUACCUUGCUAUGGAUGAGGGUGAGACAGGAUUUACUGGUCUCAUAAAAGCUAAUUUGGCUUAAAGUUUUAUGAUCUGUAACUAGAAUUUUAUUUUCACCCUAAUAACAUUCUAUAUAACCUUUGCCAAAAAAAAAAUCAGUAAAUUAAACCUCUUCUUUUUGUGUA